AUGUCGGGUUGUUCGACUCCUGCGUGUGAUGAUGUUCAAGAAAAAAAUCACCAAGAUGUCCUUUCUGAGAACAAAGAAGGAGAUAUUAAUGAAAGUGAGAACGUUCCUGAAGAAGAGGAUGAGGAUGAAGAUGCCGACUUUAAUCCGUUUCUGAAAGAAAGUAAUUCUGUGGAGGCAUCUUCGAGCCUGAGUUCGGAAGUAGAAGACUUGGAUACUGAUGCUGCUGAUAGUAAGGAAAAAUCUUGUAUGCUGGUUGACAAGGAAACUGUGGAAAGUCGUGGAGAAAGUGUGAAAGAGACGCAAAUGAGUGGAAAUAUUGAUCAUGGUGAAGAAAUUGUGCCGCAAACGGCUGAUCCUUCCAGAGAGGUGUGCUGUACAGAUGUAGAUAAAGAUUCAGUUUUGAUUACUAAAUCUGAAACUAGGAUUCCAUGUGAGAAGGAAAAUGAGCCAAAUAGCACGAUGGAUGAUAGCAUUGCUACAAAUUCGAAGAAACUGGUGGUGGAUGAUGUGGAUGCCGAUGGUGCUAUAUGUAUGCGGACUAGGGCCCGUUAUUCUCUUGCGAGCUUCACGCUUGAUGAACUCGAAACUUUCCUUCAAGAAUCUGAUGACGAGGAUGACCUUCAAAAUGCUGAUGAUGAAGAGGAAUACAGGAAAUUUCUCGCUGGUGUUUUGCGAGGCGAUGAUUGCCAGAACUUACUGGAGAAUGUAAAUGCCGAUGAAGAAGAUGAAAAUGAUGCCGACUUUGAACUCGAACUUGAGGAGGCAUUGGAAAUGGAAAGUGAACCAGAAGAAGUUGAACAGAGACGAAUUACCAGGCUAAGUAGAGGCAAAAAAGUGUCUAAAUCAACCAGCAAGUUGCAUUCAGGGAAGUUGAAUAGGCCAUUGCGGCCCAUCUUACCAUGUGGGCCCGUUGGGUCUUUUCCGCCGUUUGAUGGGAAACACCUUGUGCCCAACAUACCUCCAGCAGCUUACACGACACCUGUAAAUAACAGCAUUCCCAUUGGAUUCACCCCGCAUCAGAUCGGGCAGUUGCAUUGUUUGAUUCACGAGCAUGUGCAGCUUCUUAUUCAGGUAUUUGCUCUCAGUGUUCUUGAGCCUGUUAAAGGAAAUGUUGCUACUGAAGUAAAGAAAUUAAUUGGAGAGAUGCUUCAGAAACGUGAUCAAGUAUUGGCAUGGAGAUCAGCUCCACAACCGAGCUAUUGCUUUUUCCCUCAUCCUUCAGUGUCAAACAAGGUUCAGAAAAUGAUACCACCUAGGGAUGGCAAUGAAAAUUUGCAUCAGAAUAUGAGUAUAUUCAAUGAUAUGGCUGGAAGUUCUCCUAAUCCUGAAUGUACCUCAUGGAUGCCUUACGUAUGUGGUCCGCUGCUGUCUGUUAUGGAUGUAGCUCCUCUCAGAUUAGUUGAAAACUUUAUGGAUGAUGUUUCUUCUGCCGUCCGAGCACAUGAAAGAUAUCAGAUCGAGUUUGGUCCUGAGCUCUCCUGUCAAAAGAUACCAUUGUUUCCUAUUCAUAAUUUUCGGUGUUCUGCUGACUCUGAUGAUCAAGGAGAAAUGGAAAGCAACCCCUCAGCUUCUGGAGGGACUCUUCACACUUCACCAGGCAAUCAGGCCAAGAAGACAAUGGCCGCAGCCUUGCUCGAGAAAGCCAAGGAUCGUCCAGUUGCCCUGGUUCAAAAGGAUAUUGCAAAAUUAGCUCAGAGGUUUUUGCCGUUAUUCAACCCAGCCCUAUACCCUCACAAGCCACCUCCUCCUGCUGUUGCAAAUCGGGUGCUUUUUACCAAUUCAGAGGAUGAAUUACUAGCAUUGGGGUUGUUGGAAUAUAAUAACGACUGGAAGGCUAUACAGCAGCGAUUUCUUCCUUGCAAAUCUAGGCAUCAGAUAUUUGUGAGGCAGAAGAAUCAAUCAUCUUCAAAAGCUCUAGACAACCCAAUCAAGGCUGUGCGAAGGAUGAAGAACGCCCCUUUGACCUCUGAAGAGACGAUACUUAUUGACGUGGGCUUGAAAAAGUAUAAACUUGACUGGAUAUCAAUAUGGAGAUAUUUCGUUCCUUAUAGAGAUCCUUCCUUGCUUCCUAGGCAGUGGCGCAUUGCCUGCGGCACACAAAAGUCUUAUAUAUCUGAUGCGAACAAGAAAGAAAAGCGGCGUUUAAACGAUUUAAGAAAAAGAGUUAGCAAACCUUCUCCUCCAACUAGGCGUUCAUCAUCUGAAAAGGAGGGCGACAGCUCUGACGAUGCAGUUGAUGAAACUAAUCACAUCGACAAGGGAGAUGAAGCUUAUGUUCACGAGGCAUUUUUGGCAGAUUGGGGCCCGGGUGAUAGCAAUAUCUCUUCAAGUAUUCCCUCCUGCAUGCCGCCAUCUCAUGAGGGUUCUAUCCGAGCCCAAACUCAAUUCAAGUCUGUUGCUGUUCCAAGUUCUCAGAUUCGCCUGCGGCCCUAUCGAACUCGUAGGCCAAAUAACACACGCCUUGUGAAAUUAGCCCCUGAUUUGCCUCCCGUAAAUCUACCCUCUUCCGUCCGUAUUAUAUCUCAGUCGGCUUUCAGAAGCUCUCAACCCAGUACUUCCUCAAACAUUAGUGGUCCUGGAACUCUGACGGGCCCCUCAGCAAAAUCCGGGUCGAGUUCGAACAACCCUGUUAUUAAUAUUACUGCUAACAGUUGGCCACCCAAUCAAUAUCGAGUCCCGGAUUUUCAGAUGCAUCCUCUGUUAUUCCAGGCGCCUCAAGAUGGCCGUUUGCCUUACUAUCCCAUGAACUGCAGUACUAGCACGCCCGGUUCUUUCGCUUUCUUCCCGGGAAAUCAACCACAGCUGAGUCUCAGUCUUUUUCACAAUCCGCGCCAUAUUAAAGAUGCUGUGAACUUUCUCAGCAAAUCAUCUAAGUCUCCAGAAAAAAAUCUUUCAUCAUCAUCUGGUGUUGUUGAGUUCCAUCCACUUUUGCAAAGAACUGAUGAUGUGGACACUCGGUCGGGAGUUGCGUGUCCUUCUCCUGUGGAGUCGAGGCCUCAAAAACACGAUACACUGCAAAAUCGUUCUGCCUUCAAAAGCAGAAAGGUUAACAAGCUGGACUUGGACAUUCAUUCGAGUUUUCUGUCCAAGAACCAAAAAACUUCUGAAGAGGUUGAUUUGACUGCAGCUGCACGUGGUGGUAUUGGAUCUGAAAGUGUGAAAGAUUGUGGGAGGGAGAGAGAGUCUAAUCGAGAUGAGACGAGGGAUGAGCUGGACUCGGAUGAUGUUCCAGGGGUUUUGUCAAAAAAUAAAGGAAGUGGGAAAUUUUUGGAUGCUGUGGGUGAUGAGUCGCUUCCUGGGAUUGUUAUGGAGCAGGAAGAGUUAAGUGAUUCCGAGGAGGAAUUCGGUGAAAAUGUGGAAUUCGAGCGUGAGGAGAUGGAUGAUUCGGAGGGAGACAGUAUGUCUGAAGCUGAACAAAUGGAAUUGCUGUCAGAUGAAAUGAAUGCAGAUACUCAUAAUAUCCGGGCUCCAAAUUCUGACAAUCGAUACGGAGGCAAUUUGUGCAGCACAUCAGGUGGGCCUGGAAUAGAAUCGGCUGGGAAAGGGGUUAAAGCUAAGCCCAAUAAUGCAUCGUCAUUUAAUCUAAAUUCGUGCCCUCCUGUUUCUCCCCUUUCGAAUACUGAGAAUGCUGUGGGUGGAUAUGAUUUUGGGCCGUUUGAGACAGUGUUUGACCGGAGUCAAAAACUUACAGCCAGUUCCAAAGUGUCUAGAUUGCGUGCAAAGCAGGAUACAGGUCGUGUGCAGGGCUCAAGUGAUACUGCUGUACCGAGAAAUAAACCAAGGAAGCGCGUUUGUAGAUCGAAGUCUAAUUUGAACUUGGCUGGAUCUGAAAACGGAAAUGCUAACCUCAAAACUGAUACAUCUGUAGAAAAAUUGAAAGAUGUUGGUACAGAGAAAUUUACUUAG